AUGCAGACCGUCGUCUCCCCUUGUAAGGUGCACCGCCAGGGACCUGGCUUUCGCCUCUGCCUGCCUCCUCGGGACAAGCUUGGAGACCCAGUGAUGGCCCACAAGCAGCUUUUUCCUGGGCCCCAGGUCCCUGAAAUGCACUCUGGACUGUAUCAUCUCACCCCUGGACUGGGCACAGAGGAGGGCAAGGGAUGGGCAGGCCCGUCCUGGGGUUGCAACAAGAUCUUGUCAUUCCAGGUCUUGGUUUCCUUCGAGGAAGUGGCCGUGCUCCUUUCCCAAGAGGAGUGGGGCCAUCUGGGCCCUGCUCAGAAGGGGCUCUACAGGGAUGUGAUGCUGGAAACCUAUGGGAACCUGGUCUCGCUGGGACUUCAAGGUUCCAAACCUGAUGUCAUCUCCAAGCUGGAGCAGGGGGAAGAGCCAUGGGCCCCACACUCACCAAGAAUUGAGGGGAGCUGGAUUUGGAGACGCAGGCGUGCAGGUCACGCCUCGAGGUUCCAGCUCCAUCUGACAGAAAAAAAAGACUUGACUCCAAAGCAGGAAAUUUCUGAAGAAAUGGAAUCCCAGAGAACAAAAUUAGAAGAGCAUGUAAGGAAUAUUUCCAAGGAAUCUGAUUUUGAAGAGAUGACUAAAACUGAGGGAAAGCUAAAGAAUUGCUGGGGGAAAUAUGCAGUGGAGGGACUUAAGAAGGAUUUCCCCCAGAAGAGUCAUUUCAGGCCAGUGACAGUGACACAUGUGAAAACCCCCUUGGGGAAAAGAGGUCCGAAAUUCAGUGCAGCUGAGGUAAACUGCACUGCAGACGCAAGUUCUGUCAGAAACUGCAGGCUGUCUUCAGGGAAAAGUCUCCACCAGAGUGUGUCAUGGGUAGAAAACUUCCAAACGAGUAAGGACCUCACGAACCUCCAAAGUUUCUGUGUAGGAGAACAGACCUGUCAGGCAGAUGUGUUUGUGAAAGUGCCCGGGCAGAGUUCAGUUUUCAGUGAGAACCAGAGGAUUAACAGUCCAGAAAAAGCCUUUGAAAAGUGUGCGGUGUGUGGAAUAGCUUUUGGUCAGAGCAGAGCUCUCAUUCAGCACCAGAGAAUUCACAGUGGAGAGAAGCCCUGCAGUCAGUGUGGAAAAGCCUUUAGUCAUAGCUCUAACCUGAUCCAUCAUCAGAGAGUGCAUAGUGCAGAGAAGCCGUACAUGUGUGUGGAGUGUGGGAAAGCCUUCCGGAGACAGUCACACCUCACUCAGCAUAAGAGAACCCAUUCUGGAGAGAAACCCCAUGACUGUGCUGAGUGCGGCAAAGCCUUCAGCGCACGAUUGUCUCUCAUUCAACAUCAGAAAACUCACACAGGAGAAAAGCCCUAUGAGUGUAACGAAUGUGGAAAAUUCUUUAGCCUGAACCGAACCCUUAUUGUUCAUCAGAGAAUCCACACUGGAGAGAAACCCUAUAGGUGUAAUGAAUGUGGAAAAUCCUUCAGUCAGCACUCACAAGUUAUUCAACAUAAGAAGGUUCACACUGGAGAGAAGCCUUAUAUCUGCAAUGAGUGUGGGAAGUCUUUCAGUGCUCACCUGUCCCUCAUCCAGCAUCAGAGAAUUCACACUGGAGAGAAACCUUAUGGGUGUAAUGAGUGUGGGAAAACCUUCAGUCAAAAGGGACACCUUAUUCAGCAUCAGCGAAUUCACACUGGAGAGAAGCCCUAUGAGUGUAAUGAGUGUGGAAAAGCUUUCAGCCAGAGUUUUAAUCUCAUUCACCAUCAAAGGACACACAAUGGCGAGAGGCCCUAUGAAUGUAAUGACUGUGGGAAGGCCUUUAGUCAGGGCUCACACCUAAUCCAGCACCAGAGGAGUCACACUGGAGAGAAGCCCUAUGAGUGUAGCGAGUGUGGGAAAACCUUUGGACAGAUAUCCACCCUAAUUAAGCAUGAGAGGACACACAAUGGGGAGAAGCCCUAUGAGUGCGGCAACUGUGGGAAAGCUUUCAGCCAGAGCACACACCUCAUCCGCCAUCGAAGAAUUCAUACUGGGGAGAGCCCUUACACGUGUAGUGACUGUGGGAAGGCCUUCAACGUUCGCUCCUCCCUCAUUCAGCAUCUCAGGGUUCACACCGGCGAGAAGCCUUACGAGUGCAGUGAGUGUGGCAAGGCCUUCAGCCAGCAUUCACAGUUUAUUCAGCAUCAGAGGGUUCACACUGGAGAGAAACCCUACAUAUGCAGUGAAUGUGAGAAAUCAUUCAGUGCACGCUUGUCCCUUAUCCAACACCAGAGAAUUCACACUGGAGAGAAGCCCUAUAAAUGCACUGAAUGUCAAAAAUCCUUCCGACAGGACAGCCACCUCCUCAGGCACCGGCUUACCCACCGCGGAGAGAAGCCACACGUGUGUACUGAGUGUGGAAAGGCCUUCGGCCAGAGCUCCAGCCUUAAAAAGCACCAGAAGUCCCACGUGAGCGAGAAGCCCUACGAAUGCAGUGAGUGCGGGAAGGCCUUCAGGAGGACCUCCAACCUCAUCCAGCAUCAAAGAAUCCACUCCGGUGAGAAGCCAUACGUGUGCAACGCCUGUGGGAAGGCCUUCAGGCGGAGCUCCAACCUUAUCAAACACCAGAGGGUCCACACAGGGGAGAAGCCCUUCGAGUGUGACGUGUGCGGGAAGGCCUUCAGCCAGAGCUCACACCUGAGGAAGCACCAGAGGGUCCACACCGGGGAGAGGCCUUACGCGUGUAGCGAGUGCGGCAAACCCUUCAGCCGGGUGUCCAACCUCAUUAAGCAUCACAGGGUCCACACGGGGGAGAAGCCCUACAAGUGCAGUGACUGUGGGAAGGCCUUCAGCCAGAGCUCGAGCCUCAUCCAGCACCGGAGAAUCCACACUGGAGAGAAGCCUCACGUGUGCAGUGUGUGUGGGAAGGCCUUCAGCUACAGCUCAGUGCUCAGAAAGCACCAGAUCAUCCACACGGGAGAGAAGCCGUAUGAGUGCAGCAUCUGUGGCAAGGCCUUCAGCCACAGCUCUGCACUCAUCCAGCACCAGGGUGUGCACACGGGCGACAAGCCCUAUGAGUGUCGCGAGUGCGGGAAGACCUUCGGUCGCAGCUCCAACCUCAUCCUGCACCAGCGAGUUCACACUGGAGAGAAGCCCUAUGAAUGUACCGAGUGUGGGAAAACCUUCAGCCAGAGCUCAACUCUCAUUCAGCAUCAGAGGAUCCAUAAUGGGUUGAAACCCCACGAGUGUAACCAGUGCGGCAAAGCCUUCAACAGGAGCUCAAACCUCAUCCACCACCAGAAAGUCCACACUGGAGAGAAGCCCUAUGCGUGCAUCGAGUGUGGGAAGGGCUUCAGCCAGAGCUCGCACCUCAUUCAGCAUCAGAUCAUCCACACCGGCGAGAGGCCCUAUCAGUGCAGUGAGUGUGGGAAGUCCUUCAGCCAGCGCUCGGUCCUCAUCCAGCACCAGAGGAUUCACACUGGGGUGAAGCCCUAUGACUGCACGGCUUGUGGGAAAGCCUUCAGCCAGCGGUCAAAGUUGGUCAAGCACCAGAGGAUCCACACGGGCGAGAAGCCCUACGCCUGUCACGAGUGUGGAAAGGCCUUUCGAGUGAGCUCAGAUCUUGCUCAGCAUCACAAGAUCCACACAGGGGAGAAGCCACACGAGUGUCUCGAGUGUCGCAAGGCCUUCACACAGCUCUCCCACCUGCUCCAGCACCAGCGCAUCCACACCGGGGAGAGGCCCUACGUGUGCGGCGUGUGCGGGAAGGCCUUCAACCACAGCACUGUGCUGCGCAGCCACCGGCGGGUGCACACCGGGGAGAAGCCGCACGCGUGCGCAGAGUGUGGCCGCGCCUUCAGCGUGAAGAGGACGCUGCUCCAACACCAGCGGGUCCACACCGGGGAGAAGCCCUACGCCUGCGGUGAGUGUGGCCGCGCCUUCAGCGACCGCUCCGUCCUCAUCCAGCACCACAGCGUGCACACGGGUGAGAAACCCUAUGAGUGCAGCGAGUGUGGCAAGGCCUUCCGGCACCGCUCCACCCUCCUGAACCACGAACGCAUCCACACCGAGGAGAAGCCCUAUGGCUGCUACGCAUGCGGCAAGGCCUUCGUGCAGCACUCCCACCUGACCCAGCACCAGCGGGUCCACACCGGCGAAAAGCCCUACGUGUGCGGCGAGUGUGGCCACGCCUUCAGUGCCCGCAGGUCCCUGGUCCAGCACCAGCGGGUCCACACGGGUGAGAGGCCAUUCCGCUGUGCACAGUGCGACAAGGCCUUCAGCCUGAAGGCCACGCUGAUCGUGCACCUGAGGACCCACACAGGCGAGAGGCCCUACGAGUGUAGCCGCUGUGGCAAGGCCUUCAGCCAGUACUCGGUGCUCGUGCAGCACCAACGCAUCCAUACAGGCGAGAGGCCCUAUGAAUGUGGGGAGUGCGGCCGCGCCUUUAACCAGCACGGCCACCUGAUCCAGCACCAGAAGGUACACAGGAAGCUGUGA